AUAGUUGUAUAACGUUGGAUAAUGCACACCUCACUCACACGAUGAUAAGACAACUUGCGGUUUUUGUUCUUGGUUUGGGGUUUUUCCUUUAUCGUGUUCAAGUGUACUUCGCUUUGCGGCAAGAAAAAGCCGAAUUGCGCUCGUUUCUAAAGGAAAACGAUCUUCUAGAUUACGAAGUUAAGUUGCAUAAAUUCGGUAAGCUUCAAUUAUCUUUAUUUUCUAAAAAAUAUGUAUGCUUUAUACAAUUAGAUCGAUGUCAUUUUGAAAUGAUAAAAUUAAGCUUAUCGUCGAUUCCCGAUUUCAAGUCCCAACUUCCAUUCCUACGGAUUUAUGGAUCGUUGAACAGCUUAAGGUAAUACGUCAACUGCUGAAUCUCAUGUGGUUCUUCAUGGUUUUGCUAAAAUUUAGUUAAACACUGGUUUUUAAUGUUGUUCAGCUUUUGCUGAAGCUCAACGAGUAUUUUGUUGAAGUGUUGAAUUAUGCACACUUCAGCGGCACUUUUGAAAGCAUAUCAAGAUCAAAUGAAAUCACUUACGAGUGCAAUAUAAUUGCAUGCAAAACGUCUUUGUUUUUUUUUUUGUUAGUUUGUUUUUGUUUGACUCAUUUAUAAGUAUCGUAUUUCCUUCUCUCCCACUUAUUUGCUUCAGCGUCAAAACUGUCACACAUGUGACAUAUGGGGGGAUGGGGGGGUUUGACAUUUUUCAAAAACAGGAGCCGAUAAGUAAUCGGCUCCUGUCAAACAUUUGCCUUCAAAUUCCCUGCCCACAGGCAAAUAAUUCCAGUCUAAUGCGUAAAAGUUUAGCCAUCAUGGGGUGCACGUUGUGGUGUCAGCCUUCAGUUUUACCUAUUUUCUGCUUUCUAGUUAAGGCAAUAACUGACAUCUUACGACUUUUAUUGAAAUGCAAAAUGAGCUCGAUCUAAAUUAUGGAAUGUCAACAAAUGGCCCUGUCCCAUGGAUAAGAUAUAAGAAUGUGAUAUUAGGUUCUUUGGUGAAAAGCACCAAAUAAUAUUUAUUUAUUUUUAAAAGUCCUGAUUACUGAGGUACUUACUUCCGCAUUAUCUUCAAACAUAGGUCUCUUGAAACUUAAACCUUUCUGCAUGUUUUUAACCUGAUGGAGUUUUACAUUUUGAAGAUAGAGCUUCUGUUUACUGUGAUACUGCAGUAUUUUGAAACGUUCAAUAGAUCAUUUUCAGUAUAUUAAAAUUCAUACUUGGCUCCGAGGCUAGGGGAAAUAAAACAUAAGAAAUGUAUUAUUCCUUUCUGAGCCUUAGAUGACUUCUUUUGUUUUAUUCCCCCAAGCCUCGGAACCUCGGAAUGUGCUAGCUUGAUAGUCACUCUACUACCCAUGUACUAUUAGACAGCACUUCUGUCGUGGCCUGAUGAUCUGUUAAGCUUAAUACUUAGUACAAGCUUGUAUUAGGAAGUGUGGUUGUUAAAAUGGGAAAACAAAGUUGUAAAAGUCUGAAAUGUGUACCGUAACAAUAUUAUUUCUUUUUGUCAUUAUACUGAGAAAACACGCAGCUGGCUCAGUGGUAGUGAUUUCUUAAUUUAGCAGAAGUUUAAUCCUAGUGACAUAUCCGUAUUUUCUUUUAUAGGGAUCAUUUCCAAAGCCAAGUUUGCAAGUCUUGAUGCUCACAGAUUUCUUGUCCUUCAUGGCUCAUUCUGGGGAUUUUUUACGUUCAAUUCUGAGAAAGAAAGAUUAGAACUUGCAGCACAAAAAGCCAAACAUGAACUUCAACUGUUAUUUUGGCUUCAGCAGCUGGACUUGGAAAGUAAAUAUACUCGGCUGAUAUCACUAGGAAUAAACAGUGUGGAAAGUUUGGUCAGUAAUUUAAGUACUAUUAAGUUGGAACAGACUGUUUUUAGUGAUGAUGAUUUUACAAAGCUGCAAGCAGCAAUUAACUCAUGGGACGGUGAAUCAUGUGUUGACUCUUUCCCUGCCAAAAGUGCAAUAGCAGUUGGCUUUUCAUUUUCCUGGUGGACUAUUAAACUUUUAGGUGAGUCUAGAUCCAGCAGCUAGUGAUAAGCGCACAGGGUGAUUAUUUAAAUUUCUGAGUCAAGUGGAGGGUGGGAAGGGGCAGGCUUAAUUCAAAAGGGGGCACCUACAGUACACCUUGAGCUGACAUUAAAGAGACAUAUAACAGCUUAUGGUUGAGUGUUGUACUUUGUAAACUCUUGGAAAACUCCUGCAUUUCUCUUUUGAAAAAGUACUAGGAGGCGUGUGUGGCCGAGCGUUAACACCUCAAACUCCUGAUCUGGAAGUCCAGGGUUGAAGCCUCACCUGUAGCAUUGUUUCCUUGGACAAGGAACUUUACUACGCUUUGUCUCUCUUAACCAAGGUGUAUAAAUGGCGUAAUGGCAACAUAUUGCUAGGGGGUAGCCUUGCAAUGGACUACUAGACUACUUGCAACCAGAAAUUGACUCUCAAAAAAGAUGAAAGCGGGCAAAUCUAUAUUUACCCGCAACUCAGUUCAAUAGCAGAGAUAGCAUCCUUCUCAGAAGUUUCUGAAAAAAAAGCAAAUUUAGGAUAGGGAGGGAUUCUGAGGGUGUUGUCUAGUAUAAGAGUAGGAUAAAAUUCAGCUGAACUAGGUUUGGUAUAAGCUAAGGGUUGGGGGUCCCAACAGUUCAUUCCCGCCCCAAAAUUUCUAAUAUAGCCCCCCUGGGUAUAGGAUAUAGGGAUCAGAUUAAAGUUACAUGUACAGUCACACAUCGCCCACAAAUUAAACACUCUGCUUCCUCUAGAUCUGUUCAAAUUUGAUAUCUCAUUAAAAAUUUUUUUUCAUGAAAUUCACUUAUAUGCAUUAUUUUCUCUCUCUGUUGUAGGUAAAAUGUUUUUAUACACCUUAACCACUGUAAUUUGCCUGGUCAUUUUUUGCGUUGGAUUUUCUCGAUUGAAAACCAAGAGUCAGCAGCACCAGUCUUCAUUUAUGCGAUACAUGCUUGGUUUGACGCUGGAACCUAGACUCACAAAAGUAAAGUGGGAUUGGGAAGACCCCCAUAUAGUGGGUGAAUCCAUGUCAUUUUUUCUUAAGGUAAUAAUUUGUUAAUAUAUUAAUAUUUGAGUAAAAAAGAAUAUGAAUGGCCCAAAUUGCAGUUGUUAGUGGAAGUGGGGCUGUGGAAUCUUUUUUAGAUACAACCCUUUCUGCUGUUUCUAUGCUACUUUCAUUUCAGCAUAAUUGUCUUUUUUUUUUAAAGAAAACAGAAGAUGAUUGUAUCAAAACAAGAUAGUCAACCCUAACAUGCUUCCCUUAACACUUUAAGUCGCAAUAGUGACCAACAUCAAUUUUCUCCCAAUGAUAUCCAUACAUUUUCAAGAGACUAGGUUAUGAGAAUUAAUAAAAUGAUCACCUAAGAGAAAAUGCUUUGAUUUUUUGUCAAAUUCUCUCAACUCAUUCUUUAAGGAAAUAUGAAGAGAUCAGUUUGGAGAAUUUGUAUGUGGAUAUUGGGGCUUAAAGGCUUAAUGGCUAGAGUAUCAGUCCCACAACUAACAAAUGGAUUACAUGACUGAUAAUGAUAGCUUCAUCUCUUAUCACCUGAAGAUGAGGCAAGGGCUAGAAAGGUCAAAGGGUUUCUGUAAUAAUAGGGUUUUAUUGGGAGAGGGAAAUUCAGCCCUCAGCCCAACCCCAAACCUGGAGGACCAGAGGAUCACACCUCGACCUUAGAGUAAAGAAGGGAACGAAGAGGGUGACAACAUUUCCUAGAAAAAUAUAAGUUUCUGACAAGUAGGGAUGGGAAGCACUCUCACUGUCUGUCUGAUUAAUUUAAAUAAAAUAUCCAGAAAAGGCUAUUGUAAGUUUCAUUGCACAGUUAAUGUGUUUAAAAUAACUUUUUUUUAUUUUUACAGUUUUAUAGGAUGAAUUUUACUCCUUAUCCAAUCUCAGAAGCUGACUAUGUCCUUGUGGAGAUCAUGCAUGAUAAUACAUUCAUUGUAAGUUCACGUGAAUAUGGUGGCCAAAAAUGGGGAGAUAGCAAUAUGAUGAAAAUAUCAUUUACUGUUAGAGAGGCUGGAACCUACAAGAUUUCUGUACUUGCUCGUGGAACUCCAAUCAAAGGAAGCCCAUUCACAAAGACAUUUUUACCAGGUAAAACUGUUGCCUUAUUGUUUAGGGUAAAUAAUAAUAAUCAUUACCUCUUCAGCAUUACUUUCGCUGGGCUUGAUGACCACCCACUGUUUAGGAAAUGAGUGGUGGAAAUCAAGCCGAUAAUUUCCCAUGGUAGAAACAGGUUUUUACUUUUUAGUCUGUGGAUGAAAUCCUGUAGUAUGACCAAACAAUUUCAAUCUCUUUCUACAGUACUUUUUUAUGUUACUAUUUUGUUAUGCUGUACAUAGAAGUUGUAACUUUUGAGUCUGUGGAUGAAAGCAUUAAUGAUAUGUACUGUUGAUAAGCCUGUGCUAUGAUUGGUCUGUGCUAUUGGCAAUUAACUGAUUUAAGAUUAAAUUGUACCUCAUUGGCAGUAUUUUUGGCGUGGUAUCAUCACAUGAUUCCUUUUGGAUAAUGAUUUGUUAUAAUUUUUUUUAAUAGCAAUUUGAGUAAUGAAAUAGUUUAAUAAUAGAACUCUCUUGUUAUUAAACCACAGGGAAUGUUGAUCCAGUAAAGUGCACUAUUUUGGAAGGGGGAUCAAUUUUGGAGGUUCAACAGGGUAUCUAUACACCUCUCACCGUAGAAGCACGAGACAAGUUUGGUAACAUUUGUCCAUUAUCAGAACAAGAUGUUCAUUCAUACAGUGUUGAAGUUACCGAGGUAGGGCAAAUUAGGCUAGCUUAUUAUUUAUUUUGCUACCUCUGUUUUCCCAGAAUAUUAAAACCCUCUUUUUUUAAACAACAAGUGUGCUUGUACUGAAUAUAAUCAUAUAACUAUCAUUAUUAUUUAUACCACAAAUCCUCCAAUAUUUUUUAACACCCCUUCUCCCCUAAAUGAGAAUGAUGUCAAAUCAAACAACCCCAAAGUUAAGUCAAAAUUUUCUUUAGCUAGAUAGAAAGAAAUCCCAAACUCAUGAAUCAAAAAUCAUUAUUUUCGCCAACAAUUUUUCAAGUUUUGUUGAAUACCCCUCUCCCCACAAAAAACAUCACUGGUAAUAUCAAACAACCGCCAAAAAAGAUAUUAAAUUUUGCAAAAAAAUUUUUUAGUUAGAAAAAAAUCUUAAAGGCCUGAUUUUUACACAACAGAACAAUCCUGCACAUUUCCCCAACUCCAUAAAUGCGGAGUACCCACCCUUAGGAUUUUUGGAGGGUGACUGCGUGGACUGUACCAUUGACUGAAACCUAGCUAACGCCAGUACAUUACUUGUCAGAUUGGAAGCAGCAUAAAGACAGACCCUGAACUUGUAAUCCUGCCAGAUGGGAAUGAUAAAAAUUAUAUUCUGCAUAUUAAAUUGGAUACAGAAGGUUGUUUUAAUGCAGUUGUCAGGUACAACAAGCUUUCACUUAGCCAGGGCCAAUUUACAAUCAUCUCUUUAAACGGUAAGUUUGUUUUUUUCAAUACCAAAGGCUCUUUUUAGGUGCAGAAUUCUUUAUAUAUAAUUAUAUAUCCUAGAAUUUAUUCCAUUUUAGGUCCCAAAAUAACAAAAGUGCAUCUGUUGUUUCAAAAUCUGAACUUGAGUAAUUCAAAGUUUGUAUCUUCGUCAAAGACUUAAACACCAAGUGUAGAGUAACCGGCUCACAAAUGUGACUCAAUUACACGAGCAAGCCACAAACCCACAAACUAAUAAUAAUACAAUAUUAUUAUUAUUAUUAUUAUUAUCAUCUGAAGAUGACUACCGCACAGGUUGUCGAAACGUCAGUCACUGUCAACAACAACAGUCCUAUUCAGGACUACGUUCACCCGGACGAUCAAACUCAACCUACUUUUGAAAUGAUUCCUGUGUUCAAACCUUUCACAAUACAAUAUUAUAUUAUCAUUAUUAUUAUUAUAUAAUAUUACCAGAGAUUUCAACCCUGUCAAUUAAAAAAAAGGGAGGUGCGAGCCUUAAGGGGUCUGGGGACAUGCUCCCCUAGGAAAAAUUUUAAGAUAUGUGACUCUAAGAUGCCAUUCCCUGCAUUUUGAGAUCACAGUUAAUGGAAAUACCACUCCCAAAAUUACCACAUGCUCAUGGUCGGAUGCUAAAAGGGUAAAAAUGGUUGAGAACCACAGAAAAGUGGCAAAGAAGCAUGCUAAAAGACUGGUUAACAAAGAAAUGAAAGAGUUUCAAAAACCGGGAGAAUACUGAGUGAAAACGAGGGGCGGGAAAUAUUCACCGAAAAUGGGAGGUUUUUGACCAAAAUGGGAGGGUUGGAAUCCCUGUAUUACUCGGUGCUAGUGCUAAAUGUUGUUUCAGUGGUUAGCCAGUUAAGUGCUCCAGGCUAUUUGUUUGUGGUAACACAUUGAUUUGCUUCAAAGUCAAUUUGCACCCAUCUAAGCAAGAUUCUAUAUGCUUAAAGUCAGGUGGGUUGUAAUUAGUGAAUGUGGGCUUUCAUCGCAAGCAAACUUCUUCAGACAUGAAAAACUGAACACUACAGUGGAUCAACUUGAUGAGAAACCACAGACUUUGGUUAUUUUGGGUCCUCUUAUUUCUUUUUUGGCUUGUAAACCUUAGUACAAGUAGCAUUUAGUGCUGUUACUGACACAUUUUUUCAGGUUUCUUUUUGCAACUGCAUGGUUGCAUCUUUAACUGCGAUGAUCUCCUUUGCAUUUAUUUCUUCAUUCUGCAGUUCCAAUAUAUGAAAUUCAUAUAUUCACCAUUACAAAAAGUAAUGGUUCUCUUUUCUCUUAAAAGCUAAAGAAAUUGAUCAAGUCAACAAAAAUAUUAAGAGGCAGUGUUGGAAUGUUUGGUUUGAGGCUUUCCUGCUGACAAGAGAUGAAUCUUUGUUGACCCUGCCCACCCCCACUCCUAGUAACCCUGGCCAACUUAUCGCUUAUCCUACUACCACAUCUCUUGCAUGGAAUGGCACUGCCCUGAAAAAAUCUCAAAAGGUUUAUUGCUACAUUACAAAAAAGGUAAUCAAAAUAAUAUUGUUUUUUUUUAGGAGGUAGAAUAACUUAUAGGAUGGGUUGAAUUUACCAUUGCACAGAAAAUAUAUUCUGUAAGAAUUAUUUGAAGUUUAUUAUUUAUUCAUUAUUAGAGAGCUUUUAAAGAAAAGUCGUUUUUAAGCGACGCACCCCAACCGGAACUAACCCCGUUUCCUUUUUAAUAUGCCUUGAUGCUACCAAUUUGUAUUGCUAACUGGAGAGACGAUUUGCUCGAAGAUUUGGGCAAAACCACUGCCCAAGAAUUUAAAAAGUCUACUUCCGGUCGAUGUGCGUUGCUCAAAAAUGUCUUUGCUUCAGCUACCUUUAUUUAUACUCUUCAAAUGCUCUACCUCGAUACUCCUUCUGAAGACUUUCAAACAUUAUUGUCACAACUUUAGCUCAAUAUGCUUAAAAAAUAGAGUCCGUCAAAAUUAGUGCAAACUCAUUUUGAAAUGUUUUGCUUAGUUUAAAUGGUGUUAAAACUUUAAUAGUAUUUUAGAAGGGUAAUAUUUAGAUUUAGUGUUAUUCAGAUUAAAAAAAACCAAAACGAUCACUUGCGUUGUAGUAAAGAGUAAAGGUUGACAAAUGAUAAACAUUAAACACUAACAAUAUAUCUUUUUGUCUUUUAGCAAUUGUUAAUAAAAGAAUUUUAUGUGAAGAUAAUUCCUCACCGAUUAUAUGGAUUUCGUGUCAGACCCACUACAAAGGUAUCUACUUUCCUCAGUUUCCACUUUUUUUUCUUGUGAUUGACUAACCGCAUGAAUACAGGUAAAUUAAUGCAUGGUAAAGUUGUAGGGUGGUAGUCCUCGUAGUUGUCCUCGUUUUAAAAUCUAAAGGUUUCUAUUAGGGUUUCUAGGCAGGCUCUUGGCCAACUAGAAGACAAAUUAAUGGUGGGUAUAGUGUAUGUCUGACAACAUAUCUCUCCUUUUUCAGAUCAUCUUACACGCCCCUAACCCCAAUGCAGAGCACCCAAUCUUCACUGUAGAUGAUGGCGCGCAGCCUCCAGUUACUGUCAUGUGUAAAGAAAGGAAUGUCUUGGUCGCUACAUUCUCAAGACUCUUGCUCACUAGAAUAGGUCAGUAUUCAUAGUGUCGGGUCGAUUCGCCCGAAGAUCGAUUCGCCCCAUGUGUAUUUGUCGUUUUUAAGCCUCUGCCUGAGAAGAAGGAAUAAGCAUGGAAAGACAGUGACUGCACAUGUGGAAUCCAAGGUUAACUAAAAUAACAUCUCAGAGAAGUAGGUUCACCAUGUUGUAGAGUGUUGUAUGUCAUCGAGCGAAUCGACUUAAGUCCUGGCGAACGCCUUCAGGCGAAACGACCUCAGUUCGCGUGAGAAAACAGCCGACAUUUGGUGACGCUACCACUGGUUUCCCUGCGAAAUUACGUCUGAGGAACGAGCACGGAAAUUCCAUACUGAUGACGUGUCACUACCCAGAUCUGGGAAGUGCUUCUGAUUGGUUGAAAAUUUGCUUCAUCCAAUCAGAAGCACUACCCAGAAAAGUUGUUAUUUUGCCAAUCUAAAGGUGAUAUUACACGGGACGAUUCGCAACGACGAUUUUUAGCGCAACGCAGUGUUGUAAUGCGGGAACAAUGUUGUAACCAUUCGAAACAAUGUCAAAACAAUGUUGCAACGCUGCGUUGCGAAUCGUCUCGUGUAACGUCACCUUUAGAGUUCAACUCCAGGAAAAAAGUGCCGCCAACAUUUGACGAAUUGAAGGAGAUGGAAUAAGCGCGAUAAAACCGGUUUGAAGCGGCGCGAAUUGACUUUUUAAGUAAUCUUUAGAUUCGAGGACUAGGACGACAUUAAAUUUUAAGUUUCUCGCUUAUUCUCUAAAAAAUAGACACCCCGGAAAGCAUCAUUGUCCUUUUUUUCACCACAAAAGUUAUAGAUCGCUUAUUUCCGUUGAAGGGGAUAAAGCCCUCUCCCGCUCGCUAAAUGAGAAAAUUCCUAACAUUUGAUAACUUGUUUUCGCCACCACGACAUUCGCGCGAAAACUCGUAGUAGAAUGACGAUGGCUAUCACAUUUUCCCGCCAAAAUGACUUUGGUUCGCAAUCGCGCACUACUCAGUAUUGGGAAAAUCUCGUACUCGUAGUCGUCCUCGUCUUAGAAUAUAAAGGUCUCUUUAUUGUCGAACUUAAGCGACCACGACGAAGACGGCAACGAGAAUGUCAAAAUAGCAGGUUCAGGCUAUAAGUUCCGGCACGCAGUAGCGAACGAAUUUCCGACCUGUUGAAAAUUAGCGGACAUGCGUUUAGGUGUUAUGGAACAAGGCUAGCCGUACGAUAUUCGGAGACGCCUAGCCGUUCAAAAAUUUGAACAAUACCGAAAUCCAGGUCAAUUUUUUAGCCAGCAGAGUCUUAAAUUUGACCGGCGCGAAAUGAAUACCACCGUGAUUUUGAAAAGCACUCUCCAAAUUGUUAACUUUUAAAACGCCGGCCUGAUACAAUGGAGUGGAGGGUGGAAAACGGACACGGAACGGAAAAGGUUUGUGUUAUAACAGCUCGUCUUAUGUACUGUGUACAUGCUCACGCUCUACGAAGUGUUUAAGGGUUUCAGCAAUCAUUUAGAUGGUGAAAACAAAAUGAACACCAAAACAAUUUCUCCCUUUUGCGAUCGAAAACACCGUUUUUGAAUUUUUUCCAAAUUGUUUGCAUUGGGCCAUUGCCUUUUUAGUCUGGAACGAUUUGCAAGAUGGACUUUUUUUUUCUUUUCUCUUAGGUGGAUCGGAAAGUUUUAAGGAUAAACAAGAUUUCUUUUAUCGUGAACUUGUAGUAUAUCACGGUAAAAAAGCUGGAGAAGUAAACUUGAGGAUUGAUCGUCAUAAGCUGCUAGAGAGUGUAAGUUGUUCAACAGUUAGACACCUCGGGGGAGGUACUGUAUAGUGCUCGUUUUGGGAGAUGCUCCGCCCGAAAGGGGUCAGCUUUUUCCAGGCCAGAGGUUUUAGAAUGGUGGGGAUUUCACGAAAUGAGUUAUGAAAAUGGGUCAGGAAACCUAACGCCUUUUAAAGUAUCUGGGAGAGGCACACUUAACGACUAUUCCGUUUAAAAGAUUUAAAAAGGGGUUGUGCAAGUCAUUCACUUUUCCCUUACGGUAAGGGAAAAGUGAAUUAUUAAACUUUCAGUAUAAAGCUAUUUCAAUUCAAGUUGUCGUGUGGAUCGUCGAAACCCUUUGUAAAUCCUUGCGAUUUUGUUAUAACUUCGCGGUUUUCAGUGUGAUAGAAUGUAAUAAGACGUUACAAACCUUUACCUUUGUGAUUUCAUAACAAAAGAGUAACUUCAUGUGCGUUCCGUUACAGUGUAAUAGUUAUGAAAUUGCCUCAUUGCUUGAUGUCACGGCGCCCAUGUUGGUUGAUAAGAACAAGCGCGGCGUCUCCCUCCGUUGAGAACUAAACUCAGUUUGCAGAAUUUGGAUGAAAAAGACUCUUUUUUAUCCGAAUUCUGCAAGAACCAAAAAAUUUACUGUUGUGUCCACCAACAUGGCAUCUUUUCACGUGGUUGUAAACCAAGGAUAUUGUUAUGGGGAUUCGUCGCGUAAGCUUUCCGAUGAAAAGCGGAAUCAUUAUCUACGUAAAGUCCCUUGGAAGGGUAACCUUUUGAUUGCAAAAAAAAAUGGUGUAUAGAAGGGUAAGGGUCUGGGCCUGGGCCUCUGGGUAGUCCAAAGCAUCCCCGAACACAAGGUUUUGUAGUAACUUCCCAGGUUAAUCACCUACAAUGUCCAACAAAUGUUUUGAUUGUUCUUACGAGGAUUUUGGAAUGUUUUCUCUUUUUUUCUUUUCAGUCAUACCAAGCUACUGUCAAAACUCUAUACUCGAGUGACUGGCUGCGACUUUUCCACAUCACAUUCAAAGGAGAAAUUGGUAAGAGGUUAAGCCUUAUAGAGAGUCAAAGAAAAGGAUUGAAGAACCGAGAAGGGACCAACUCUAGGUGUGCGGUUUAUUGAGGUGCCUACCGAACAGAGAGUCAAAGAAAAGGACUGAAGUGCGGCAGAAACCAACUCUAUGUGUCCGUCUUACGGAAGUGUUUGUUAAGAGAGAGCUAACUGUAACUUCUCGAUUAGGGACCUGCGCUAAGUGUUCUUCUUAGAGAGGCGUCCAUCUCACAGAGAGUCAAAUAAAGGGAAUAAAGAAAGGCAGGAACAAACCAUAAGUGUCCGUUUUACAGAGGUGUUCAUCUUCUAGGGGUGUCCGUUAAGAGAGAGUCGACUGUAACUACAACAUUUGUUUUGUUUGUUUAUUUCGUUUUUGUUUUCAUUUGUUUACGUGUAGCUUUUUUUCACUAGGUGUUGACUGGGGUGGCUUGCGACGCGAGUGGGUGGAGUUGUUAUGUAAAGCUCUGUUUUCUCAUGAAAGUGGCUUUUUCACUCGAUUCAACGCCGACGAUCCCCAAGCACUGGUAGGUGUGAGAUUGUUGUCUUCAGGGUAUAUUGGUGUUUGUCAGUUAGCAGAAAAGAAUGACAGGUUCACGAGCUUGUCGAACUCUUGCCUGAUAACAAGAUCCUAGUAAAUUGUUUAGGAUUGCUUAAUUUGUGUUCAUAACCUUUGACCAUCUUUGCUUCAUUGUACUACACGUAGCCUGAAUUUCAUCCGAUUACUUCGAGUCGUUAUUACUCCCUCAGUAACGUCUGAAUCGACCGGCCGUUAAUGCCGUCCAGUGACGUCACUAGUCCUUGACCUUUGCUUUAAUUCAUGCAAAAAGUAAAACACGAUUUUCAAGUGGCAAACCGAGAAGUAACGUUUGGAAAUGUCUGCAUGAUACAGAACUGCUUUAUUUUUUUGGAUUGUAAUUCAUGUUUAACGUUCAAACUAUCAACUGCAUGCAAUACAACUCUGAACCGGUUGUACUAUCUAUAAAUAUCAAACUCGGUCGCAAUCACGCAAAUGAAAUAAACACACACACGGAACACUUAGUUCAAAAACACAAUGAUUUGCUUUAAUUAACGAAGAAAAAAAACAAGGAGACAAGAAAGAAAAGCUAACAGAAUCAUUACACUUGACGGUAAAAAUAGCAAGAAGGUCGAAUUAUAACAUUGAUCUCAGAAAACUUCGCGUAAACAAAAUCACCGGCCGCUGAAACCACAAAGCGGCUCUAAAUGAAAAACCUACCCACUCUCCGCAAUGAUUCUUCAUUCGCAGUUCAAUUUAGCACUUCAGUUUCGAAGACAAGGGCAAUUUUGCUUUUUAAGAUAAAGAUUAAGCUUAUCGAAAUGUUUGAACUAAACGAAAGAAUGCCGGGGAUGCGAUCCACUGAAUAUCAAGCGACAAUCCCGCUAAAAUUUUUCAUAAUUAUACAUAAUUAUGCGAAUGUUUAGACAAUCAACCAAUCAAAAUCACUACCCGGUUUUCGGGUAGUGAAUGACGUCACUGGACGGCAUUAACGGCCCGUCGAUUCAGACGUUGUUGAGAGGAGAAAACGACUCGAAGCAAUCGGAUGAAUUUCAGGCUAUACUACACGUGGAUUUCUCGUGUUUUUGCGUUAGAGGGUUUGAUUCACAAUCUGGAUUGCAGCUAAAAACUAUUUGAAACAAAACCGUUAAUUUCUUUCGGCCACUAAUUUGCUUAAUUUAAUGGAGACUGAAUUUUAGCUGAGACCGUGGUAUCGUUGGAUUUUCGUGCGAAUCAUUGUAAAUACGAACUGAAAUCUCCACCCCAGCUAACCAGUACCAAGGUGCACCGCCCUGGAAGGGCGGGGGGGGGGGGGGGGGGGGGGGGGGGCGAAGGGGAGAAAACAGUAUUGAGGCCGGGAAAAAUAGAGCCAAUUUGACAGCAUGCGCCCGCCAUCACUGCUUUCUUUGCAAAGGAACACCAACGACUUUUCCAUACUCCCAGUUGAUUACUGAUUUUGUCGUUUCCUCCUUGUAGGUUCACCCGAACCCCAAAAGGCCUGUUGGAAUGAAGUUAAAGUUUUAUGAGUUUGCUGGGCGCAUUGUCGGAAAAUGUUUGUACGAAUCUGCUUUGGGCUCAGGCCGAAGACUCAACGUGAAAGCGAGGUUCACCAGAUCGUUUUUAGCUCAACUUCUUGGUCUUCGUGUCUGUUACAGGGUAAGACAUCACAAUCCCCAUGUCUUCCUUCUUAUCGUGCUUAUUUUUUUAGCAACUUGUCUUAUAAGCGACUAUUUUGAAUCGCGUGAUCUUUGUCAUCUGCAAGUGAGCUUAUCACAAGAGACACCCUGUGGUUUUUUUCUCGUAAGCGACCUCUUGCUGUAAUUGCGGAGCACUAAAUCUUCGCUUUUUGGGUGGUCGCUUACGGGAGGUUCGACUGUGUUUAGAAGUUUUGGUCUGUUUUACCGUUUCUCUGUGUAAGUUAGUAGCCACCGCUUUCCCUCAUUGUCUGAAUUUCGACACUCUGUCUGUUGUUCAUAACCGCAGUAUUUUGAAAGUGACGAUAAGCAGCUUUAUCGGAGUAAAAUCAAGUACAUCGAGGAGACUGACCCGGAGGACCUGGGACUGGUUUUCGCUGAAGAGGAGUACGAUAUGCAGGGGCGCUUAGAGAAGGUAAGAUGACGCUCCAUCCCAGAGUCUCUAGAGUAAGCAAACAGCGUUUACAGAAUUUUGAUAACCUCUGCAGCAAGCUGUGUUUUCCUCAGCUGAAAAGCUUCGUUCGCGCGGUUUCACUUUUUAUACUUGCUUUUUAGCCCAAAGUUUAACUUCCAUAAAACUUUUCGUAAAUGUAUUUUCUUAAAACAGCAAUUUGAUGCCUUUAAACCUUUUUCCAAGAUGGUGGCAAUAUUACUGUUCUUUUAUAUUUAUGUUAGUUAGCUCUCUUUGUCGCAAUUGUAUCUACAGAAUUCACAACAACUUUUAUUUGUCUAUACCUUGAAACGAGGCACAGAAGACCAAAUGUCAGCCAGACGAAAGAAUAACUAAAUUUUACACCAUCAUUGGCUGUUUUAUGCGCCACGAAUUUGGUCUCGGAAGUUAUGACACUCUUGUCUUUUUUUCCGCCACCCAAAUGCAAACUUUGCAGGCGGAAAAAAGGGGUGAUAUAGGUUCUAAUCGGUCGAACUGUAAUAAAACGAAGACCCCAGCAGAACAAACGACUCCCCCCACCCCUUUUGUGGCAAAAUGCAUGAAAAGGACCCGGUAUAAGUUAUUCCCGUUAUACUGAACAUCCCAGUCCCCUUGUAAUUCGUUCCAUCGGGCUUCCACGUAAUUUGCCCUCAGAAAACCAUCAAUUCUCUUUUAAAGACAAUUUUCAUUUGAGGUAAGCAACAACUAUAACCUUGUCUGGUUCUUGCAGAUGGUUGAAUUGAAGCCGGGUGGUGCUCAGAUCCCGGUAACAGAAUCAAACAAGAAAGAAUAUCUGGAUCUGUUAGCGCAGUAUCGUCUGUCCUCUUCCGUCAAGCAGGAGAUUGAGGCUUUUGCAAAAGGUUCACCUUUUCUUAUCGCCACUCAAAUUCUCCACUUCAGAAACGAGAAGGGACCUGGCCCGAGUUAACUUUCUCAAAGACUUCUGGGACUGUUACUAGGGACAGAGAAACAAUGGAUCGAUACGAUCCCAGAAUCAAUUGCGGGACGCAUUUCGGCUCCAGUUCCCUUCUCGUUUUUAAAGUGGCGAAUAGUGGGUUGAGUUUUUGUUGGUUCUCUUCUCCGAUGGUUCCGUUUUUCCGGGUGCUUGGUUUUUCCCCCUCUCCUCAAAAAUCAUCAUUUUCAAAUUUCAAUCGAUCAGGAAUUUAUUUAUAGAAACUAAGUGGACCACUGGCAAUGGUCCAGGAAUUCGAUCGGUGAACUUACUUAAUGAAUUUUUGUUUAUAAUUGGGCAAUAAUAAUGGUUUAUUGUGUAAGUGAUAAAAAGGUGCUUAAGUAACGAUCCAGGAAGUUCUUAAAACCAACCACUGCUCCUCUGACAAGUCCAUCAAUACGUUGCGUACAGUAUACCAGGUCGCUUUCUCUAACUUGAUCAGUAAUUAUUCAAAUUUCUUGAAACAAGCGAAAAUUUUACAUAAGAAAAGUGUUCAAUCCCCACUGGACCUCACUGGAAUUUUUUGGUGUACCAACAUGGCCGCCGUGACGUCAUGUGAAAACCAUGAAUAAGCCUUUAACUAACUUUUUCUACUCUGUAUAGGUUUAAAUGAAAUGGUUCCAGACAGUCUUCUCAGUGUGUUUGAUGAAUACGAAUUAGAAGUGAGUGCCGUGCUUAUCCUAUUUAAAACUUCGUUAUCACUAUAACAAAAUCCUCACAUCUGAUUGGCCACCAGCAGAGCUGAUUUGUAAUGGUAACACGACUGCGUGGAGUCCAAUUCGGUCUGUAAUCAUACGAGUGAUUAACAAAAGCGGACGGCAGCGUAGCGGGAGUCCGAUUUGUUUAAUCACGAGUAUGAUUACAGACCGAAUUGGACGACACGAAGGUCUGUUACCAAUUAAUCAUAACUUUAACAAAAUUUGUGAUAUAAUAGGCCAUUUUUAAAUCAAAACACAAGAAAGUCGAAAUUUUGUUUUGCUAGCAGUGAAUAAAAAGGCCAUUUAAGCGGGCGCGUGAUGGCGCGUACUGUCCAAUUACUUAGGCAUGACGCGUACUGUCCUAUUAAACUGUCCAAUUAAGGCUGAAAUCAGGGCAGUUGAUAGCCAAUCAGAUUUGACAAUUUUGUUAUAGUUAUGAUUAUACCAUUAAUUAUUAAUUUAGUAGGACAAUGUAAUUAGACAGCGCGAGACAUUGCGGGCGCUGUAAUAGCACGUUUGCACUAAAAAGGACUUUUUUCCUCACCUCUUGCUAAAAAAGGUCUUUUUGUUUUAUCUAAAAAAAAGUUGAAACUUUUACAAAUUGUUAUUAACCUCAAAUUUUGCUUAUUAUUUUAAUGAUUAAUCGGCAACAGAAAUUUUUGUCGUCCAGUUUUGUAAUCAUACUCGCGCUCGCCGGUCCGAUUUUGUUCAUAAUUCAUAUGAUUUCAGACGCUCUUGAACUCAAACGCAAAGCCCUGUUCUUGAGCCAGUGCAAGGCUCUAGAGAGGACAAAAGAGGGCGCGCAAGGAACAAUGGGAAUAGCAAAGUGGAGAAGUGAGGUCUUUUCGUUCUUGCCAUUAUCCUCCAGGCGCUCAUUUUUGAUUAUGUAAUCUGUCCCUGACUUGAGAGGGCAGUCUUCUCAUCGAAUUGCAUUUGCAAUGUAAUUUAAACAUGUGACUUUUUAUGUUGUUAUUAUUUUUUUUGCCAGCUUCUAAUGUGUGGAACAGGAAAUAUUAGUGUGUCAGAUUUCCGACAAAACCACAGCGUUAUAAACAGCGGGAUGUCCUUUGGAAAGGUAAUGAACAGUCUUCAUUAUUAGUAUCGCAGGUUAUUUAUUCAGUGAGGCUGGAAUGCCACUGUAUGAGUUGUCGUAUGUGACAGCUGUAUUACAGCGCCCUGUUAUCUAGCAAUAAAUAGGAGCUCAUACAACGUGUAUAUAUUUAUGAGUGAAGAUGUAUUAACACCUAUUUCCAACACGUGGUUAAUUUUCCAUCUUUACGUUGCACAACUAGUGGAAGCGUUUGCGUAACAAAUUUUGCGCUAUUUUUUCGACUAAUAGGAGCAAUGUCGAAAUCUUUUCCGACUUUGUUUCGCGCAUUUUCCUGCGCUUAGUCGCUGGUUUUUUUGUUUCGAGCUCUGAUUGGUUUAUUGGAUUGUCUGCCCUUGCUGUUAUCGGCCAGAAUAAUUAGUGUUCUGAAGCGCAGAAACGACUUUCAUGAAAAGCGCUAAUUUCACUUUUCUCCUUAGACUCUGGAUUGGUUUUGGACGAUAGUGACUAGCUUUACUCAAGAAGAACUUGCCCGGUUGGUUCAGUUCAUUACAGGAUCUUCUCAGCUGCCUCCUGGAGGAUUUGCUGAACUUUCUCCACCAAUACAGAUCUCUUCAGCUCCCACAGCAGACGCACUGCCUACCGCACAUACCUGGUGGGUGAAAUAUCGUAUUUUUCGUGUCUCUCCCCUACCACUCCCCCCUCCCCCCGCCGUCUCAGUCGGGUUUUUUUUUGUGAACGAAGCUGAGACUUGCAGAAAGGAUGUAUUAUCUAAAGAAUUCUUCCUUAAUUGUUGGAGGAAAAGAAAAAUUUCUGUGGAACGCGUUUGUGAAAAUUGUCCUCAUUGUGCUCCUGUCUUCCCAGUCCCUGAGAGAAGGUUCCAGCACUCGGCAAAUAGCUUGACUUUGUGCUGUACCCAUAUUGUGGUCUCAUUUUCAUUUGCUCAGGAGCCCUUUAAGCUAAAGUAGCAAGGCCGACCACUUGCUGUAAAAGUAGACCACCACACCGGGUACUACGUUCCCUACUGUCUACGAACAGUGUGUGGGUUCUUUAGCUUCCUACAUGCAGAAAUGAUGAUACGUGCAAGGGUUGUGAGACAGGGCCUAUGGUUUAUUGUCCUUAUCCGAGAAGACUAGAACUCAAACCGUUUUCAGAUUUUUUUAAAAAAGGCAGCAGAUUCUGCUCAGCCAUUGAAAGACCCUGAGUGUUGCUCCGGUCGGGGUUUGAAUCCCUGGUCUCCCUGUCUCUCCGGAUAGACCGAGCUUAUCCAACAGAGCUAACCGGGUGUUACCGUCUUUUCUUUCUUUAGCUUCAACCAGCUUUGUUUACCGUCUUACUCAUCGUUCAAGGAAAUGCAGAAGAAACUGUUGCUGGCAAUAAACGAAGGAAGCGAAGGAUUUGGUUUUGCCUGAUUCAAAAAUGAAGAAAAAAACCGCUACUGAAUCAGAUUACGUACCGUCACUGAAACGAGGUUUUUCUUCGCGAUUGGAAACUUAAGAGUCGCAAGAAGUGCUGCCUGAGAAUUGGUUUCUCAAAUAUGGCUCUUUAAGAGAUCAUGGUUUGGACGGCGAGGUUGAAGACUUAGAUAUAGGGANUAUUGUGGUCUCAUUUUCAUUUGCUCAGGAGCCCUUUAAGCUAAAGUAGCAAGGCCGACCACUUGCUGUAAAAGUAGACCACCACACCGGGUACUACGUUCCCUACUGUCUACGAACAGUGUGUGGGUUCUUUAGCUUCCUACAUGCAGAAAUGAUGAUACGUGCAAGGGUUGUGAGACAGGGCCUAUGGUUUAUUGUCCUUAUCCGAGAAGACUAGAACUCAAACCGUUUUCAGAUUUUUUUAAAAAAGGCAGCAGAUUCUGCUCAGCCAUUGAAAGACCCUGAGUGUUGCUCCGGUCGGGGUUUGAAUCCCUGGUCUCCCUGUCUCUCCGGAUAGACCGAGCUUAUCCAACAGAGCUAACCGGGUGUUACCGUCUUUUCUUUCUUUAGCUUCAACCAGCUUUGUUUACCGUCUUACUCAUCGUUCAAGGAAAUGCAGAAGAAACUGUUGCUGGCAAUAAACGAAGGAAGCGAAGGAUUUGGUUUUGCCUGAUUCAAAAAUGAAGAAAAAAACCGCUACUGAAUCAGAUUACGUACCGUCACUGAAACGAGGUUUUUCUUCGCGAUUGGAAACUUAAGAGUCGCAAGAAGUGCUGCCUGAGAAUUGGUUUCUCAAAUAUGGCUCUUUAAGAGAUCAUGGUUUGGACGGCGAGGUUGAAGACUUAGAUAUAGGGAGAUUAAGCAAAGAUGUUUUUUUUUUCACGAUGCACGUUCACAGGAAGUGGGAAGGACUCACUUCUGGUUGACGACGCCAAAAAGACUUUUCCUCAAGCUCCCCAUUAUUGAAUGCAUAUCCUAUCCUUGCUUCUUAUGUAGUAGAUGCAUGAUUACAGGAACACGCCCAAAGGGCUCGAUUUCUUCCUUUUUAGGUGUUACGCUCGUGCGUACGUCAUAAUGUCAAGUCUGCAGUGCAGGCGUUUUUAACGGGGGAGGGGGUAAGCACUAAAAUUCGCUCGGGUGUACGUGUCGUACUCUCCCCAAUAUUCGGAUCAUUAUAAGAUUCAGGGUUCCUACUCAUCUCAACAUUAGGCAGAUUUAGGCAAUGUUCACCCUAUACUGGAUAGCCUUUCAUGUCGGCUGGUGCAGUAUAGUAUGAACACUCAGCAACGGCGCGCACAGAACUGGAACAAGUGGUUCAUACACAUCGAACAUCGUGCCGGAGCCGUUCAAGGUGAGGGUUUGGUGAAGUAAUUCCAUUCCUUACUCAGGAAUAUUUGCUUCCGUUUCAGUGGACUCCAGUCCUCUUUCCUACUUAUUCACUUUCGCGAAGGUCUGAAUACCUGCUUUACACCGCACCAUAGUCUGACACAUAAGCUAUUCGAUAUGCCGACGCCCCACCUUCGCGAUUGACCGGGCGCAACUUCGCGCCGAAAUCCCCGUUGGUGUGUGUGAACUGAAGCCCUAUCCGGUAUAGUUCUCGUACCCGCGCAAAAGAUAUCCAGUAUUGUGUGAACAUAGCAGGCAGUUACUCCCCACGGCACGCACAGAGCUUGGCCAAUGGCAGGGCGGGAAACGAGGCACAGGAAGUCGUUCAGUCCUUCCCGCGCGUUUUCGCGCCAUGGUCUCAUUUGCCUCUGUGUUGUCCUUUCCAUAUCAGCCUAUCAACACUAACUUUUCACGUAGGACAAGAUGUUGAGUUGGGACGGGUAGUUGUGGGCAGUUUCGUAGAAUUCUCUACU